AUCUGUGAACGUGGAGGAAGAAGAAAUUGUGUAGUAGCAGUUUUGAGUAUAGAGACCUGCAGGAUAAGGCAAGCAGGCGAUUCUGUAAGGCCCUGUUUGGAUGAAGCAAUAAAAAGUUCCUUUUCUAGGGAUUUUGAUUCCAAAAAGAAGAAUCGAUCAAUCCAUCACACACACUCUCUUUUCUGUUUCUCUGUCAAUCAAUCAGCUUUGUUGUUUGGGAGCUUCGUCAGAUCAGAUCUGUGGAUUUUGAAUUUGAUUAUUUGUAGUGUUUGAGAGGAGAGAUUGGUUUUGUGGUUGAGAAAUGGGGACGGGAUGGAGGAGAGCAUUCUGCAAUACGGUUUCACGAGAGAGAGGAGACUCGGCGGCGGCGGAGAAGCAGCAGGGAGGGAAUCUGAGGUUUAAGCUCGCCGGAGGUAGCGUUCCGUCGACUCCUCGACUGCGGUGUAGGACCAAUGCGAGUGGCGAUGGUGGAGAGAAUGUUGAUGUGGUGAGUCCUGACUUUGAACGAAGAACCACGCCUAAAUCUCAGAAUAAAAGCCCUAGGUCUCGUCUCGGUGGCUCCAAUCCGUCUUCUCCUCGAUCUCCGUUCGCGAUACUGAAGAACACUCUCCGCCUGUCCAGAAAUAGCUGUGGAGUGUGUAUGCAGAGCGUGAAGACAGGUCAAGGAAUGGCUAUCUACACGGCUGAGUGUUCUCACGCUUUCCAUUUCCCCUGUAUCGCCUCUCACGUCAGAAAGCAAAGGUCUCUAAUCUGCCCUGUCUGCAACACCAAUUGGAAGGAUGUUCCAUUGCUAGCAAUCCACACGCAGAAUCGGAGCAAAAAUCCUCAACCGGAAGAAGAGAAACUUAUCGUGGUGGAUUCUGGCACUCCGAGCAAAAGCACUCCUGUUUCCAGCCCUAAACUCACCAAACUUUGUGAUUCGAAAAGCUACGCUGACGAUGAGCCAUUGGUUACCCCCAAAUCUGGUGCGAAGUUUGUUCCGAUUCCUGAAGCAGCUCGGGAUGAAGAAGAUGAGGAAGAGGUCGAAGAAUUUCAAGGAUUUUUCGUAAAUCCGAUCUCAAGCAGCGACUCUUCCUUCUCGAAUCACCGGAGUUCCAGAGAUGUGGAAGUCAGUUUGUUGCACGAAGCUGCUGUGAUAUCUCAGGGCCGCACUCACGGUACGUACGUCGUCGUUUUGAAGGUCAAGGCGCCGGCGCCUCCGCCGCCGCACGCACGUGAUGCGGCGCGGCGCGCGCCGAUCGACCUCGUCACCGUCCUCGACGUCAGUGGUAGCAUGACCGGCGUGAAGCUGGAAAUGCUCAAGCGAGCCAUGCGCCUCGUCAUUUCCUCCCUCGGCGCCGCCGACCGCCUCUCCAUCGUGGCGUUCGCGGCGGCUACGACGAGACUGCUCCCCCUCCGGCGAAUGACGACAAACGGCCAGCGCCUGGCUCGGCGCAUCAUCGACCGGCUCUCGUGCAGCCAAGGCUCCAGCAUGGCUGAAGCUCUAAAGCAAGCCACGAAGGUUCUGGAAGAACGGCGCGAGAGAAACCCAGUCGCCAGUAUUAUACUCCUCUCAGAUGGCCAAAACGACGCCGUCCCACCGAACAACAGAACCGGAACCGCACAGCGAACCACCACCGGUCCGUCCCACGUGUCCUCAACCCGGUUCUCCCACGUCGAGAUUCCGGUUCACACCUCCGGUUUCGGCCGCGACCCGGCCGAAGACGCUUUCUCGAAAUGCGUAGGCGGAUUACUCAGCGUCGUCGUCCAGGAUCUGAGGGUCCAGAUAGGAUUCGGACCCGGGUCGGACCCCGCCGAGAUUACAGCAGUUUAUACAUACAACGAACGACCCGAAGUUCUCGGGUCGGGUUGUGCCCGUCUCGGCGAUCUCUACGCCGAGGAAGAAAAGGAGCUCUUGUUAGAAAUCCGGGUCCCGAACACACGGGUCGGGUCGCACCACGUCCUUUCAGUUCGAUGCUGUUACAAGGAUCCGGCCACUCAAGAGCCGAUCUACGGUCAAAACCAAGCCCUGCUCGUCCCGAGUCCGCAGACCGUCCGAUCUGGGCUUCCGAGGAUCGAACGGUUGAGAAACGCUUUUGUGACGGUCCGAGCCGUAGCCGAGUCGCGCCGAUUGAUCGAGCACAACGAGCUGUCCAGCGCCAUGCAGCUGCUCGCCUCGGCUCGAGCCUUGCUGCUGCAGUGGAAGUCAGCGGCGGCGGCUGAGUGCGUGAAAGGGUUAGAGGCGGAGAUGAGGGAGGUGCUGUGGCGGCGGCAGUACGAGCAGGAGGUGGCGGCGCGGCGGAGAGCGCCGGCGGAGGAGCGAGAAGUUGGGGUGUUGGUGGACGAAAAUGGGGAGCCGCUCACGCCGACCUCGGCUUGGAGAGCCGCCGAGAAGCUGGCUAAAGUGGCUCAGAUGAAGAAGUCGAUGAAUAGGGUGAGCGACUUGCAUGGCUUUGAAAAUGCUAGAUUUUAAUUUUAAUUUUAAUUUUUAAUAAUUUUGGAUAAAUAGCAUAAAUUUUUCAUUUUUAUAAAUUACUUUCCCUUUUUUUAUAUAUUCUAUU